AUGACGAAGAUCAACACCAGCCUGCACUCGAGCCGGAGAAAGAGCCGCAAGGCUCACUUCCAGGCCCCCUCCAGCGUCCGCAGAGUCAUCAUGAGCGCGCCGCUCUCCAGAGAUCUCAGAGACAAGCACAACGUCCGCGCAAUUCCCAUCCGCAAAGACGACGAAGUUACGAUCAAGCGCGGCACCAACAAGGGCCGCGAGGGCAAGGUCACCUCCGUCUACCGCCUCAAAUACGUCAUCCACGUCGAGCGUGUCUCCCGCGAGAAGAGCAACGGCCAGAGCGUGCCUAUCGGCAUCGCGCCCAGCAAGGUCGAGAUCACGAAGCUGAAGCUGGACAAGGACAGGGAGAAGAUCUUGGAGCGGAUCGCGCACGGGCGGGAGACGAACAAGACGAAGACGAAGGCAUGA